AUGUCUUCUCUCUUUGGAACUAAGCAACAAAAGCCAGAUGUAAAUAAAAUGAAAUUAGAGAUUCAACAAGCCAGCGCUUUAGCUAAUGCUCAACAAUUGAUAAAUAAUAUGAAUAACCAAUGUUAUGAUAAAUGUAUACUUAAACCUUCAACUUCACUUUCCUCAUCUGAGGAAGGUUGCCUUAGCAACUGCAUGCAAAGAUAUAUGGAGGCUUUCAACAUCAUCUCAACUACUUAUGUACAAAGGAUGUCAAAGGAAAGACACGAACAAACAGCUUAG